AUCACAAUGACACAACCACUAAAGAAGCGGAAACUUGACAACCAAAUCAACAGGAAGCUACUUGACUUUGAUUUUGAGAAAACCUGUCUGGUUACACUUUCUUCUAAUAACAUCAAUUGUUGUUUGACAUGUGGAAAAUAUUUUCAAGGCAAUUCUCCAUCAUCGCCAGCAUACAAUCAUUCAAUUACCUCAGGACACACCAAGUAUCUUAAUCUAACCAAUCAUAAGUUUUUUGUCUUACCCGAAAAUACAGAAUGGGAGGGUAUCCUGUCUGUUCAGGAUAUUAUUUACUAUUUGGAUCCACAGUAUACGAAACAAAGCAUCGAAGAAUCACCUGAAACUGCACUUGACUUGAAUAACGAGAAAUACUUGGUUGGAUACGUUGGAUUGAACAAUUUCAAACUGAAUAGUUAUAUUAAUGUAGUACUACAUUGUCUCGCUCAUAUCGAACCAAUACGAGAUUUUUACCUUUUACUCCCAAAACACAAGCAUUAUGAGACAAUUACUAGAAAAUCACCCAUCAAUGACAAGUUAAGUUUAUUGGUUCGUAAGAUUUGGUCACCACACUUGUUUAAAAGUCAUAUUGCUCCUCAUGAACUCAUAAAUUGCAUUUCCGAGAUAUCAAACAAGAAAUUCACAAUUGAGCAUGAACAACCACCAAAGAACUUUCUCAUAUGGCUUGUCAACACCUUACAUUCCCAACUUGUGAAAACUACAAAGUCAAAACACACAACAUUCAGCCAGAACUUACAAGGAAAGAUUGAAAUCACAACGAUCCCAAUAAUAUCCCAAGAAGUCAAAUCUCGAGUUGAGUUCACAACAAUUGAGUCAAAACUGAAGACUGUCGAGUCUAAGUUUUGGUUACUUUCGUUGGAUAUUCCUCAUAACCCUUUGCUAACCGCCCAACUUGAUAAAAUCGAGGAAGUGGAGAUCGAAGCUUUGUUGGAAAAGUAUAAUGGUACUACUCAAACACAGGUCAAUGAAAAUGAGGUAAGAACAUACAAGGUGUUGGAACCAUUACCGCCAUACUUGAUUAUCCUGUUUGAGAAAACAAGCAACUCAACCGUGGUUAAGUUUCCAGAGAUUUUGAACAUGAACAAAUAUACAAAAUCGGACAAAGAAAUAAACUACAAACUUGUCUCUACCAUCAGACAAGAUAACCAAUGGAGUAUAUCCUUGCAAAGGAAAAAUAACUGGAUCUCUAUAAAAGAUCUACAAGUUAAGCCAGUGAGUUCAGAAUUAUUAUUCCUUGACGAUAAUUAUAUACAAGUGUGGAAAAGACUAGACUAAUAAAUCAUAACAUUGAUGAAGGAAUUCACCUUGAGAUACUACCACAUCUCCUAAUUUUGUAGAUUUAAGGAACUUGUCUAUGCUUAUCAUGUAUCCUGCGACUUUAUGUUUUAUCAACGUGCUUUGCUCAUCGGAGUUGUUGUUUAAGUAUUCAAUUAUCAACUGUAAAUCCUUGGCAAAUUCGCCUAUUUGUGAUUCAUAGUAAUUCUUUAAAUAGUUUGUUCUAGUCCAUUGUUCAAACAAUGUAGGAUGACGAAGCUUGAAUGAGUUCCAAUUGGCCACUUGUGUUAAAAACUCAUACUUUUGCGUCUCCCUCAACACCACAUUACCUUCAAUUGUCUCAUCCAAUCCAAAUAACUCGGAUAACACUUUGUAUGGCAAGUCCUCAUUUAAUAUACAUUGUACCCAAACGUCAUAAAACUUACUAUCAACCAACAGAUUAACAAGCUUGGCUUCAUGGCUGUCGAAAUUAUUCUCAAUAAGAUCAUGAUUAAUACUAUCCAACGUUUUGAUGUUUCUCAAAUUAUCAUCUUCAAUAAGGACAGGCAAGACAUUGUUGGGAGAACCUAAAUGGGACAUGGCCAUUAUUCCGCAAUUACUCGAUCCAUUCUCUUUUGGAAGCGUGAAUUUUGAUUUAUGUGACAAGAUUAACGUGUAGCCCAACGAUAUUGGGUCCGUAGGGAUUAUUAAGUCACCUUCUUGGGUAGUAUUGAACACCGCUAAUGUAAAUUUGGCUUGUGAGUUGGAAGUUCCCUGGAAAUGGUAGAUAUUUAUAUCAUCUAGUUUAGUGUGGUCGUUAGAUAUGUUCUUUACUGGGACUGCAUCAAAGAAUGUUUUGAUUGUUUGUGGAACUUGCAACAUUUGGUGGUGAUUACAAGUAGAACUGAAAGUUUAGAUUUA